GCGGACGCUGGGACAGUGAUCGUGCGAUUGGAGCCAACGCGGUCGGUUAAUAAUGACUGAGGCAAGUAUAUUCAGUAGCCUCAGUGGCAUACUACCCCCUCAACCGGAUCCACGAGCAGAUACCUAUCCGUUGAUGCAAUCCUGGACACCGACUGCACUCAUUUCCUUGGCCUAUGUGGUCGGCGUUUGUGCCUGGCGAGCUGAGCUCAUAAAACGAGGUCAAGUACAGAAAAAACUCAAGAUUGACGCAGACCGACCGAAAUCGACUGAGUCUAUGGCUGACUGGGACCCCUUGAAAUAUCUGAUCAUCCUCUAUAAUGUUGUUAUGGUAUUCUAUUCAGCCUACGUGGUUAUCCUCUCAGUGUACCACGCCGCUAACCUUGGUUACGGUCUUGGCUGUGUGGAGGCGCCAGAUCCCACAGACAAAAAAACAGAUAUUCUGGUUUACAUAGGAUACUUGUUUUAUUUUUCGAAAUUUGUGGAGAUGUUGGAUACGGUGUUCUUCCUGUGCAGAGGCAAAGUGGAUCAAGUCACAUUUCUUCACGUAUUUCACCAUGCAGCGAUGCCCCCAUCCAUUUGGUGGGGCCUCAAAUACGCUCCCGUAACUAAUAUGCGUGGUCUAAAUCCAGUGACCUUUCACCGUUUGUUUGCUCGGCCAUCUGUUGUGCCACAACAGGUUUUUGUGCUCGCAACAAACGACAAGACGUCCGUACAGCCGGUGGCAAUCAAUAAUGUGGAAUUGAACCAAACAAUCGAUGUAAGCUUGACUCCAAAAACUAAGCUUGCUUGCAUCUGUGAUGAAAAGUCAUCACAGCCGGGCGGAUCUUGGAACGCUGCACUGGCAGAUCGGUUCAAAGUCGUCUACCAGACAGUGCGAGGUGUUUUAUUCAACGACUGUGCAACACAAUGA